AUGGAGGUGGAGGAUAAAGGGCUGGUGGACUCGGGGCUAUCAAUCUCAUUACUAAACCCCGAAGAAGGUUUCCCUCCUUCGCUGCUUCUUGUUGAUUCUAACCAACCUGCUUUUGUGGCGCUCUCAGCUCAGUUGCAUCGCAAAGCCACGCUCCACACUAGCCCUGCCAUAAUAUCCGAUGUGACUCGCUCCAGCAAUCAACUAACUCCACGGAGAAAGAUUGUGACCGUGUGCCACCACUUUAGUAACCGAGUCGCUGGAAACUUCACUCAGGCUAGUACAGGCUACGGAGACAGACCAUUGUCCGAGCUUAACAUGGUUGCUCAGCUUGGAAAGCUAGGGCUUGGCAAAGGACAGACAAAGUCAUCCACGGAGGAAUGGAGUGACUCUCCACCACGUGAUCUCCUUUGA